AUGGUGGUACGUAGCGAGGCUAUGGAGGUAGAUGGCUACUUGGAGGAGACACAGGGUGGGCGUUUACUCACUGCUGCUCAGGAUGUUGAGGGUCCAGGGGGGUGGGAGGAAGAGGUGGGAGAGCCAGCAGGAGAAGCAGCAGGAGAGGCAGCAGGAGUGGCAGCAGGAGAGCAAGCAGGGGUGGCUUUUGAGUCGACUCAAGAAGCACAUGGUGGGCAUUUAUUGGCCGGCCGAGUGGAGAGUGGGUGGGGUGCGGAGACAGAGUUGAGAGUGGAAGCAGCAGAGCCAGCAGUGGAGGCUACUUCGGACCAGCUUUCUCCUGACGAUGCUGCAGUUCCGCUUGCCACGCCUGUGUAUGGUUCCAUGGAGGCCGGGCGGUGGGAGGAGAGGAGUGGAGAUGCACAGGCAUGGCGGGAGCAGGAGUGUGGGAGAGAGGAGGGAGUUGAGAGUGAGGAUGGAGGCGAGGAUGGUGAUAGUGACGAGGGCUCUGUUGUAGUGGCGGAUGUUGUGGAAUGGGAGAGUGGUGAAGAGGAAGGUUUGGAGUGUACAGGUAGGGAGGAUGUUUUUGAGGAGGAAGAGGAGGAGGAAGCGGAGGAAGAAGAGAAUAAAGCGGAGGAGGCAGAGACAGUCCGAGCAGGCGGUUGGGGUGUGGAUGUGGGGAUGGGGGAGGUAGUGGAAGAUGAGGAAGAUCAGGAUGAGGAGGAAGAGGGGGAGGUAGAGGAGUUGGAGAAGGAAGAGGGGGAGGAUGAGGGUUGUAGGUUGGACGAACAGGUUAAGGUUGGGGAGGAGGAGGAGGAGGAGGAGGAGAGAGUGGGGGCAGAUUAUUGGGAUGAGGUGGUGGAAAUGGAGGAGGAAGAAGAGGAAGAAGAGGAGGAGGAGGAGGAGGAGGCCUUUAGCCCGGCCACUGUAAUAGCUGAAGAGGCAGCUGCUGUCACGACUGAUGAGGCGGUUACCGCCACAGGUGAUGAUUUGGUUACCGUAACAGGUGAUGAUUCAGUUACCGUAACGGCCAAUAAGCUGGUCGUUGACUUGUCUGAUGAUGAUGAUGAUGACGGCACGAUAGAGGAACCCCAAGCAGAGAGCUUGGAGGAUGGGGGCACGGGGGGGGAUCCGAGCACAAGCAAGGGGAGUGAAGCCAAGAGCAAGAGCGGCGGAAUGAGGAGUAAGAGCAGCGGGAGUCUGUUUCGCGGGCUGAGGAGCAGAAGCAAGCUGCUACUAGGAGGAAGCAAGGCAGGGGCUCGGCAUGGGGAGACGGGCAGUCAGGAGGGGCAAUUUGGGUCCACAGGGGCAGGGGCUGAUUUGCUGGUGCAGCAGCAGGAUGAUAGAGGUACCCCUGAUGGUGUUGUGGGCGAUUCCUCUUCCUUAGCUUCUCCUCUCGCGCUUCCGACUGCGCUCUCUGUCAAUACCGCCGCCAGCAGCAACGCCAUGAGCAGCAGCAAGAGUAGCGGUAUGGCAGGGCUGCGAGCACGCUCCUUUGCUGCAGUGGGAAACGUCAGAAGCGGUAUCUCCUCAGCAGCGAUAAAAGCAGCGGCUGGGAUCAGCUCAGGAGCACGUAACGUCUCUGCGGUUACCAGCCUCCCUGGCGCUGCUGCUAGGAACGUGGCUGCUGCAGCAGGGGAGGUGGGGCAGGGGGCGAGAAGCCUUGCUGCAGUGGCAGCACGGGGGGUGGCUACUGGUGCCGCUACUGUUGCAGGGGGGAUAAAGGGAGGGGCUAGGAAUGUGGCAGGGGGGAUUAAGGGGGGAGUGAGGACGGUGGCUGGAGGGGUGAGAGAUGGGGCGUUGACGGUAGCAGGAGGGGUGAAAGGAGGGGCUAUGACUGUUGCAGGAGGGGUGAGAGAUGGGGCUUUGACGGUGGCAGGGGGUGUGAAAGAGGGAGCCUUGACAGUGGCAGGGGGAGUGAAAGGAGGGGCUUUAACAGUAGCAGAGGGGGUGAAAGAAGGGGCUUUAACAGUAGCAGGGGGAGUGAGCGGGGGUGCGCUGACAGUGGCUGGCGGGGCACAGAGCGUGGCAUUUGCAGCAGCGGGAGGAAUCAAGGAAGGCGCUAGGAGCAUGGCAGGCACUGCAGCAGCAGCAGCAGCGGUGGCCGCAGGGGGGAUCAAAGAGGUGGCAUCUGAGAUCAAGCAUUUGGCAGAAGAGGUUGCAGCUGGGCAGGCUGGGGCAGGCUCUGGCAGGAUGCAACGCGUGCAUAAUGUUGCGGAUAGAGAGGACAGAGAGGAUAGAGAGGAUAGAGAGGAUAGAGAGGAUAGGGAGGGUGGGGAGGGUGUUGAGAGGGGGUUGUUGCAGAGUAGUGGCUUGGGUAAGUGCAGGAGCAGAGAUGGGGCCACGAGCGCCAUGCGAACCAGCCCUGGUUCCUUUACAGGCAGAUCCGUUACAAGGAGUAAGACCCACGACAGCCGAAUCAUCAGUAACAGCAGCUCCUCCAGCCCAAUGGUGCCUGCCAGCCUUGGUAGGAGCAGGAGUGGGAAGGAGAGAGAUGCUCCCGGCAACUUCACAGAAGGUUCCUUCGAUGCAGACUCCUUCCUGGAAGGUUCCUUCGAUUCUGACUCCCUGCCUAGGUGGUCCUUCGAUGCAGCUUCCUUUCACUCCAGCCCAGCCCAUACAGACCCUUUCAAUCCGGAUUUUUUCGCUAUAGAUUACUCAGGCGACCUUGGCACUAGCAGUACUAGUACCAAAUCACUCCCUAGAGGGGAUACUACCAGCAGGGGAGAGGCACUUCCGCGUAAGGAGUCUAGAGGCAACCUGUUGACUAGAAAGGGCGGCAGUGCUAGGAUGGCUAGAAGCGAAACUGCCUCUCCUGCUCUGGCUGCUCUGGCUGCACCGGAUCAAUUAUCCUCCUUAUCCUCCACUGUAAAGCCGAAUACGCUCGCUCGGAGUGCCACUGCAGUAGUAGCCACCAGCUCUGGUCGUGGACCUGAGUCGGGUUCUGUUUUUGCCUCUCAACCGCACUCAACCGCUUGGUCUGUUGCUCAAGAGGACUGCACCGCAGCAGCAGUUGGCCCACUGCCCAGCAGCAAGACCACCGGAGGAGUGAGCAGCAACAGCGAUGCCGGGGGAAGAGGAAGUCUGAGUUUUUGGGGCAGUGCGAGCUUCCAGCAUGCCCCCAAGGGGCAUUCCGGAGAUUUGUCCGAGGAAAUCCCGUUCCUCAGGGUGACUAGCCUCACCACUCUUUCCCCUGAAGAUGCACUGCUGGCGUUGUGGGAGGAGGAGGGGGAGUGUGAGGAAGGAGGGGAGGGUAAGAGAGGGAUAAGAAGCUCCCACUCCCGCCGUUUCCAUGCCUCCGGUCUUGCCAUUGCCGGAGCUGCUGCCGCAGCUGCGGCAGGGGUUCGGUCCGGAGCUAAGAAUGUAGCUUCGGGAGCGAUGAACGUGAGGGAGGGGAUCAAGGGAAGGGCAAGGAACGUUGCAUCGGGAAUAGGAUCGAGAGUGGAGAGUAUCGCUGGUUUGCCUGGUGGGUCGAGUGUGGGUGGUGGUAUUGCGUUGCGGGGUGGGAGUGUGGGCAGCAGCUGCUGCAGGCAGGCCCCUAGGACCGAGACGUUUGGGCACAACGCGUCGUUCGUUGAUAGGUUUGUUGCUGGGUUGGAGGAGAGCGGGGUGGGUGUGGAGGGAGAGAGCGGACGGGAUUUCGGGGGGGAGGAUUGGGAGGUUGGAAGCGGUGAUGACGGAUGGGGAGGGAUGGAGGAGGGAGUUGGAGAGGAGGAUGAGGAGUGGGAGUUGGCGGAGGAGGGUGAAGAAGGGAAGAGGGAGGGUGAGGGGUUAGAGGAGGAAGAAGGAUGGUCGGAAGGGUUGGAGGGGGAGGGUGUGUUUAAGAUCUCUCAGAAACACCAGGGGCAGCACCAGAGGCAGCACAGGGGACGAAUCUCACGUGCAUUUUCCAGCAGUGCUGUUUCGGUGCUUGCCCUUCCUGGCAGCAGUAUGGGUGAGGAGGAGGUUAGUGCAGCCGGCAGUGCAGCCAUGCGACGCUCAGUGAGCAGCAGCAGCGGUAACGCAGUAACCAUCUGUGUUGUCGUAACCAGCGAAAACGCGGUAACUGAUAGUGCUGCUGUAGUAACCAGCGCUGUUGCUUUGACCAGCAAAGAAGCGGAAGGGCAGCACAGCCGGCGGGCUUUGCCGGCCUACCAGGUGCCCCUGUCGCUGCGCAUCAGAGCAGCCUUGGAGCAACGCACCCUGGUGGACGGGGGUGAGGGAGUGCUGGCAAUGGCAUUGCACACGUCUACAUCCGUGGGUGGCGAAUCUAGGCUUGUUGCCAGGUCAGCCUCCUUUACAGGGAGAGCAGCAUGGUCAGAGAGUCCAGCUGGCAGUGCCACGUCAGCAUCGCUGGAUAGUGUUCCGGAUUCCCGUUCCCCGCAGCAGCAGAGUCAGCGGAUGCUGCAAAGGGCUAAGUCCGAGGGCAGGAAUGCUGCUGCUGGUUUGGCUUCAUCCUCCUUAUUGCAUGCUUCACGGUUGCGUUUUGCAUCCCAAACCGGUCGCAGUGGUUCAAGGAAGCGACUGCAAGAAAUGUUUCAAGAGCAGCAGCAACAACAACAACAGCAACAGCAGGAGCAGCAGCAGCAGCAGCAGCAGCAGCAGACGCAGCAAAGGAAGCUAUCAAGUCGUGGGUUGGGCAGGAGAGGGCUGUAUCUGAGGCAAUGGGCCUCAGCGGGAUGCCCCUCUCCCUUAGACGCUGCUGCAGAUGCUGCUCUUGCUGCUGCCUCAGGUGUCCGCUCAGGUGCCUCCUCAGGUGACUACUUUUUCGCAGGUGCCGUCUCAGGUGUCGUUUCAGGUGCAUCAGCAUUCUCCUCUCCCCUGCGCUCCUCAUUCACUGCACAGCCACGUGGCAGCUCUCCAGCAGCCUAUCUUCCACGUGGCAGCCUCUCAAUGGUGCACCGUUUCGUCUUUAUAGAUCCCCCAGCCAGUAGCAUUCGCCCUGCUGCCACCAUUGCCAGCAGCAGCAACACCCAUUAUCCUCGUAACCCUAGUAGCCUAAGUAACUCCAGUAACUCUAUUUACCCCAGUAACUUCAGUAACCCUAGCCCGAAUAACCUUAACUACUUGAAGCGGGUUGGCAGCGCCACUCGUGGCCGAUUCUCUAGCAGAAGCAACUCAAGUCAGUUCCGUGAGAACAAGCCUUCCCAGCUCCUCCGAAAGAGCAAGAGCAGCAGCAGCAGCAGCAGUGACUGGAGGCAUGAUGUUAGCUCACUCGAGAAGCAGCAGAUCACCACGAGCGAAGCUCCUUCUCUCCACCGCUCAAAGUCCUCUGGAGCGUCACUGGACAGUGCCAGCAACAGGGGGGGUUCGGUGUCCCUUCAGCAGAUGGACCUGAUGCAGGGGAAGGAGCAGACGGAGCAGCAGGAGCAGACGGAGCUGCAGGAGCAGACGGAGCAGCAGGAGCAGACGGAGCAGCAGGAGCAGACGGAGCAGCAGGGGCAGGAGCAGCAGGAGCAGGUGGAACAGACGCAGCCAAUGAAGCCAAAACUGCAAAAACUCAGCUCCCGCUCCAACCGUGACUUGAUGGUUCUGCAAAAGGAGCAGGAGCUGGAGCAGCAGGAGCAGCAGGAGCAGCAGGAGCAGCAAGAACAGAAGGAGCAGACGCAGCGGGAGCAGCAGUCACAGCCAAUGAAGCCGAAACUGCAGAAGCUCAGCUCCCGCACCAACCGUGACUCAACGGUCUUGCCUCACUGCUCCCCUCCCUCCUCUUCCCUCCCUGCCAACCCCUCCUCUUCCUCCCUCUCCUCUCUCCCCUCAUCUCUCCCAACCUCACAUCGACACGCAGUUGAUCUCACCACCUCCUUCCCUCAGUUUAAACGAGAAAUCGCCAGGAUCCGCUGCCUGGCGUCCCUCAAAUCCGCUGUUUCUUCUGCUAGCGCUGCUUCCUCUGCUGCCGCUGCUACCUCUGGUGCUUCUGCGUCUCUCAGUGGUAGAAGUAAGCACCCCAGGGAGCGGUGGCAGGAGUGGGCGGAGAAAGUGCCGGGAAAGAAGUUCCUGUCACAACAGCAGAACGAGCAGCAGGAGGAGGAGGAGGAAAACAAGGAGGAGGAGGAGGAGGAGGAGGAGCCGCGGAGUUGCGAUGAGAAUCAAACGGAUCAGCAGCAAGAUCAGCAGCAGGUGCAGCCGGGGUCUCAACAGGAGCCACCCAGAUCUCCCUCCUCGCUUCCCCUCGCCAUGUACCCCUUCAGAUGCCUCAGGGAGCAGAACGGUGCUGCUGCUGGCGGCGUGGAGGUGGUUGGGGGCAGUGCAGACCAGGGUGAUGAGGUGGAUGGGCGUGGUGCUGUGGGGUUGAAUCCGGUGCUGAUGCCGGCCAAACCACCGCGCAUGCUCUCCCGGCUAAAUGCCACCCGACGCCGCCCGUCUGAAGACAACAGCUUCGACAGCAAGAGUGUGGGAAGUAAAGGAGGGGAGGAGGAGGAGGAGGAGGGUGACAGGACGAGUGAUCAAGGCGGCACGGAGGGUGAGGGAGAUGAGGAGGAGGAGGGGGAGGAAGAAGGGAAGAAGGCAGGUGAGGUUCUCUCACCAAGGGAAGAGGCCAUGAUGCUGCUGUGGGUGAUUCCCGGUUUAGGGGGCGAGGAGGAGGAGGAGAGGAGGAAGGUGAGAAUACGUCAGGCCUUGGCAGCAGCAGCAGGCGGGAUCGCCAGUGGGGCUUUAACUGUGGCAGGGGGGAUCAAGGGUGGGGCGAUGAAUGUUAGGGAGGGGAUUAAAGAAGGGGCGUUGAAUGUAAAGGAGGGGAUUAAGGGAGGGGCGAUGAAUGUUAAAGAGGGGAUUAAAGAAAAGGCGAUGAAUGUGAAGGAGGGGAUCAGGGGAGGGGCAAGGAACGUUGCAUCCGUAGCAGUGGCAGCGGCAGCAGCAGCAGCGUCGGGAAUAGCGCAUGCACCUGCCGAAGAGACAGUGCUUGUUCCCAUGGGCAGUGAGGAGGGGAGAGUGGUGAGAAGCAAGAGUGCGGAGCACAAGGGAAUGAGGGAGGUUGGAUUGGCUCCAGGGGUGGGGGCAAGGGAGGCUGGGGGUUCUCGUUCUGGUGACAUGGGGAGGUCUUAUUCAGGGGAGGAGGGAGCUAACCCUGGGCCUGGGGCGCUUCAAAGCCUGGGGAGGUCUUAUCUGGGGGAGGUGGAGAUUGGUGCUGUUGGGUUCGCAAAGGUGGUACGGAGAUACGACGAUGAUGAUGAGGAGGAGGAUGAGAGUGAGAGUGUCACUAACGAGGAUGACAAUAACAAGGAUGGCAAUAACGAGGAUGGCAAUAACGAGGCCUUCUGGUGGGGGGAUUACGAGGAAGAGGAGCAGCUGAUGCUUGAUGAUUCAGAUGAAGAUUCAGGUGACACUUCAGGUGAAUGUUCACGGAACCCAGUUGUGCUUGGUGGUUUGGAGGAAGGCGAGGUUAUUGGUGGACGUGUGGUAAAGGGAGGGGCAUUAGAAUUGGGAAACGGGUGGGAUGAGGGAGGAGGAUUGGGAGAGGGAGGAGGAUCAGGAGAGGGAGGAGAAUCGGAUGAGGGAGAGGGGUUAGGGAAGGGGCUGGAAGGGGGAGGAGGACAGGGAAGGGUAGUUGCUGGAUGGGGUGCUCUGAAGAAGCUUGACAGUAGGCGGCGCGAUCGACGGUCGAGAUCAUCGUUUGGUUCUGAUCUUCCGUCAGUGGAUGAAGAGGAGAUGGAUGUGGAAGGGGGUUUGAGUGAGGAGGGGAAAGAGAGGGAGGAGGGGAGAGGGAGGGAGGAAAGAGAGGAGGAGGGGAGAGGGGGGGAGGGGAGAGAGGAGGAGGAGGGGAGAGACGAGGGGGAGGAGAGUGAAGGGGAGGAGAGGAGAGUGGUGGAUUGGGGGAUAGAUGGAGAAGAGGGGAGCGAGGCCGAGGAAGAAAGAGAGGCGGAGGAGAAAACAGGGAUGAAGGAAGGAUUUCUGGAGGAGAUGGAGAGUGAAGGGGAGAAGGAGGAGGCUAGGAGUGAAAGGGAGGAGGAUGAGGUUAAGAGUGAAAGGGAGGAGGAGGAGGUUAGGAGUGAAAGGGAGGAGGAGGAGGUUAGGAGUGAAAGGGAGGAGGAGGAGGUUAGGAGUGAAGGGGAGGAGGAUGAGGUUAGGAGUGAAGGGGAGGAGGAUGAGGUUAGGAGUGAAGGGGAGGAGGAGGAGGUUAGGAGUGAAGGGGAGGAGGAUGAGGUUAGGAGUGAAGGGGAGGAGGAGGAGGUUAGGAGUGAAGGGGAGGAGGAUGAGGUUAGGAGUGAAGGGGAGGAGGAGGAGGUUAGGAGUGAAGGGGAGGAGGAUGAGGUUAGGAGUGAAGGGGAGGAGGAUGAGGUUAGGAGUGAAAGGGAGGAGCAGCAGAGUGAGGCGGGGGAGGGAAGCUGCUUUGGGGAUGCAGGAAUGGGGCAGGACGCGAGAGAGGCAGAGGAGGGUGGAGAGGUGGAAAGGGGGAGAGAAGUGGAAGGGGAAAGCGAGGAGGAGGGAGGAGGAGAGGCUGAGGCGAAAACGGGAAUGAAGGAAGGAGAGUUUGAGGAGAUGGGGAGUGAAAGGGAGGAGGAGGAGACUAGGAGUGAAGCGGAGGAGGAGGAGACUAGGAGUGAAAGGGAGGAGGAGACUAGGAGUGAAAGGGAGGAGGAGGAGACUAGGAGUGAAAGGGAGGAGGAGGAGGAGAUUAGGAGUGAAAGGGAGGAGGAGGAGACUAGGAGUGAAAGGGAGGAGGAGGAGAUUAGGAGUGAAGGGGAGGAGGAGGAGAGAGAGGCGGAGGAGGGAAGCUGCGUUGGGGAGGUGGGAGUGGUGCAGGAAAUGAGAGAGGCAGAGGAGGGUACAAAGGUGGAUGAGGAGAGAGCGGUGGAAGGGGAAAGCGAGGAGGAGGGAGGAGGAGAGGCUGAGGCGAAAAUAGGGACGAAGAAAGGAGAGGAGGAGGAGAUGGGGAGUGAAGCGGAGGAGGAGGAGACUAGGAUUGAGGCGGGGGAGGGAAGCUGCAUUGGGGAGGUGGGAAUGGUGCAGGAAGCCAGAGAGGUAGAGGAGGUUGCAAAGGUGGAUGAGAAAAGAGAGGUGGAAGGGGAAAGCGAGGUGGAAGGGGAAAGAGAGGUGGAAGGGGAAAGGGAGGUGGAGGAACGAGAGGUGGAAGGGGAAAGAGAGGUGGAGAAACGAGAGGUGGAAGGGGAAAGAGAGGUGGAGGAACGAGAGGUGGAAGGGGAAAGGAAGGUGGAGGAACGAGAGGUGGAAGGGGAAAGAGAGGUGGAGAAACGAGAGGUGGAAGGGGAAAGAGAGGUGGAGGAACGAGAGGUGGAAGGGGAAAGGGAGGUGGAGGAACGAGAGGUGGAAGGGGAAAGGGAGGUGGAGGAACAAGGAGAGGCAAUGAAGCGAACAGGGAUGGAGGGAGGAAAGGCUGAAGAAGAAGUUGAGCGUGAAAGAGUGGAGGAGGAGAGCAAGGAGGAGAAAGAGGAGAAAGACGAGGAAAAAGAGGAGAAAGAGGAGAAAGAGGGGAACAGUAAUCGCGUUAGGGAAGUGGAAUUGGAGGAGGAAGGAGGAGAGAGUCCCGAGGGUACACAUAUGGAAGGGGAGCGAGAGGAGGGGGAGGCGGAGGAGAGUGAGGUGGGGAAGAGACAAGGAUUGGAAAAUGGAGAAGAGAGCAAAGAGAGUGAGAAGAGUGAGGAGGGAAGUCAUAGAGACGAGCAAGAUUUGGGGGAAGAUAGGGAGAUUAGAGGCGAGGAAGAGAGGGAGGAGGAGGAGGGAAGGGAGAGGAAGGAGGGCGUAGAGGCGAAGGAGGGGAAAAGAGAAGAGAGGAUACAAGGAGUGGUGGAGAUGGCUGUGGUGGCUGCUGCUGUUGCUGCAUCAGAUGUAGCUGAUUCAGACGCACCUGCAUCAGACAUACCUGUUUCAGACAUACCUGCCUCAGACGUACCUGCCUCAGAUGUACCUGCCUCAGACAUACCUGCCUCAGAUGUACCUUCCUCGAGCUCCACAGCAGCAGAUGCCCCAUCCAUUCGCCGAAUCGGGUCGGCAGUGGCGGCAGCGGUGGCAGCAGGAGACGUUGUGAUUAGUGAGAGUGCAGCUGGUGCUGCUGUGCUGUUGCGUGCAGACCAGCCUCUCUUUGAACGGACUGAGGAGCUGUCGGGGAGGCGAGGGGCAGCAGAUGGAGCAGCAGAAGCAGAAGCAGAAGCAGAAGGAGAGGCAGAAGCAGAAGCAGAAGGAGAGGCAGAAGCAGCUACAGCAACAGCAAUAGCAGAGGAAGAGGGGAGUGUGGGGCAUGGGAGUGUGGAGGAGAGGAGUGUUGGUGAAGGGAAGAAAGGAAAGGGUAAGGUAAAAGGAGGCGAGAAAAAGGCGUUGCUCAAGUCACCUUCCAGGAAGAUUCAUCGGCAGGAGUCCCGGGAUGGGGAGACGAGCGGGGAUGACGUGAUGAAGAGCGGACGGGUGAGGAGAAGCAAGAGUAAGUUGAAGAAGGGAGAAGGGGAAGCAAGUGAGAAGAGGCAGGAGGCAGGAGGAGACAUUGAGGCAGGAAGUAAGGUCAGAAAGAGUACGAAAAAGGGGAAUAAGAUCCGCAGCAAAGAGGAACACAAGGGGCAGCAGCAGCAAGGGGGGGAGCAAGAGGAAGAGAAGGAGAAAAAGAAGGAACAGGAGCAGCAGGAGCAGCCGCCGCAGGAGCUACUAGCAAACGUGACAAUCCGCCAUAUGCUGCCAACAGGGGAGCUCGCUACCACACCUCAGCGCCUCUCCAUUCCUGCUGCGCCCCUCUCCCCCACCACUCUCACCAGCCCCACCAGCGGCAACAGCACUCCUCGCAGCAACGCCUCCUCUCCCGCCUCCCCUGCUGGCUCCUUCAGCUUCGCCCUGCUCUCCCCUGCCACUCCUAAGCAGCCCUGUAAACGGGACAGUGCUGCUGAUGCUGCUUCUGGUGCUGCGAGUGCUGAUGGUGGUGGUAUUCUGGGUGGUCUUGGUGCGAGUGGGGCGGACGGUGCUGCUGCUGCAGGGAAGAAGGUGAAGAAGGGGAAGAAGAAAGCGGUUCGCCUGCCUGCGAUUGGUGAGAUGGAGGGCAGUGAGAGCGAGGUGAAGGAGGGGAGUGGGGAGGUCCUUUCGGAGCCACCCCGAUCCCCGCCUACAGCCCAUUCUAGCCCUUCUCGGGUGCCCCGUUCCCCGAACAUGGCCCAUUCUAGCACAACUCAAAGCCCGCCUGGUAGAAGAAUGAUCCCCCAGAGCAUGAGCGCGUCACAUGCCCCCGCGGCCGCCGCUGCUGCUGACUUCUACCUUCCUGCAGAGCAGAGUCCUUCUCGGGUGCCCCGAUCCCCGAACAUGGCUCAUUCUAGCACAACUCAAAGCCCGCCUGGAAGAAGAAUGAUCCCCCAGAGCAUGAGCGCGUCGCAAGCCGUGUCCUGGCUCCCCCCUAUGGCUCGUUCUCCCACCAGCUCUCCCAACAGAAGGGAGUCAGUUGAAGGUACAGCGUCUAGGCGGGUUUCUAUGGACGAUCCCAGUGGCAGGAGGGAUGCUGUGUCGCCACACAGACGGGUUUCCGUGGAUGAUUCUAGUGGUGCUCUGAGUGGUGUGAGUGGGUCUGGACGAAGAAUGAUUCCCCAGAGCAUGAGCGCUUCACAUGCCUCUGCUGCUGCUGCUGCCGCCGCUGCUGUUGCUGCUGUUGGUGCGGUUGAGAGUGGCAGGAGCAGCAGCAGAGGGGUGUCGCCGGUUAAGAGCGGCAGCAGUAGUAGAAGCAGGAGCGUUUCACCUGUUGAUUUCAAGCGGCUGCGGUGGAAAGGGAUUGGGAGGAGUGCAAGGAAGGAGGACGGGGAGGAGGGAAGGCGUGCGGGUGGAGGGGAGGGUGGGGAAUGGAGGGAGGAGGAGGAGGAGGUGGAGAAGGAGGAAGAAGAGGAAGGGGGUGCGGCAUCUGGCAAGAAAAAGGGUGGGUUGGGCAAGAUUCUGAAGGGCCUGGAUUCAUCAAUGGGGAAAUUGAUCAAAGCAGCCGGUGGGAAGAAGAGCAGAGAGCACGAGUCCGCUGCUGCUGCUGCUGCUGCUGCUGCUGAGACUGCUGGAGGGGUGGCAGCAGACGGGGUUGCAGGAAAGGUUAAGCGAACGAUGAGCAAGAAGGGGAAAGAGGUGGGCAAGGGGAAGGAGGGAGGGAUGGAAGGUAGAGCUGAUGUGCUCGUGAAGAGUAGCAGUGUGGAUGAGGAGCAGGGAGAGGAGCGGCGGAUGGGAAGGACAAUGAGUAAGGUGAAGAGAGGAGGGAAGGAAGAUGCCGGGGAGAAGAGUAGAGAUGAAAAUGUUGGUGUAGUGGCUGGGAAAGGGGAAGAAAAGGAAAGGAAGGCAGGAAGGACGCUUAGUAAGGUGGAGAGAAAGGGGAAAGAAGGAAAGGAUGGGGGGGAAUCCGAGGGAGGGGAUUAUGAGAGGAAGGCGAGCAGAACACUGAGCAGAAAGAAACGAGAAGGAAAGGGGUUAGAGGAGGAAGGUGAGGGGAAGGCGAGCAGAGUGAAGGGAGAGAUGGAAUCAGAGGAGGAUGGGGAUAGGAAGAUGAAGAGGACGAUGAGUAGGAAGAAGAAAGGGGAAGACGGGGAGAAGAUGGAGAAAAGGGAGGAAGAGGAUUCAGAGAGAAGAAUGAGCAGGACAUUGAGUAGGAAAAAGAGAGGGGAGGGGGGGGAGAAGAUGGAGAAGGGGGAGGAGGUGGGGGGAGGGAGCAAGAUGAAAAAGUCUUCGAGCAAAUCAAGGAGGGAGCAAGCAGAGGAGGGUGGGGAUGCAGGGGCAGAGGAGGAAGCAAAGCGGCAUGGGGGAGGAGAUGAGAAGAAAGCGAGCCGGACGCUGAGUAGAGUGAAGAGAGAGGAGAAGGGGGCAGAGAAGGAUGGGGAGAGGAGAGCAAGCAGGACGCUAAGCAAGGUGAAGAGAGGCGAGAAGGAGAGUGAGGAGGUUGAGGAGAAGAGGGCGAGCAGAACGUUGAGUAAAGUGAAGAGAGGGGAGGAGGUUGAGGAGGCUGAGGAGAGGAAAGCAAGCAGAACUCUGAGCAAAGUGAAGAGAGGAGAGAAGGAAAGCGAGGAGGUUGAGGAGAGAAAGGCAAGCAGGACUCUAAGCAAAGUGAAGAGGGAAGGUGGGCAUGGGGAUGGGGACGGAGGUGGAGGAGAGAAGAAGGCCAGUCGAACCCUAAGCAGGGUGAAGAGAGAAGGAAACGAAGCUGCUGGUGCUGCUGCUGCUGCUGGGACUGCAGAGAGAAGCCCACACCGUGCCACUCGCAGCAGCAGCCACGGGCACGAGUCCUCUCACAGGCGAGCCACCUCGCAUGGGAGCAUCACUGGACAGGAGAGCUUUCACAGCCAUGAGAGUUUGAGAAGUUCAGGCAGCAAGGUGGGGAAGGAGAGUGAGAGAGGGGCGGCGGACGGGAGGAAGGCUGCUCGGACAUUGAGCAGUCGGAGGGCUGAGGGGGCGGAGAGAGCAGGGGAGGGUGAGGACGGGAGGGUUUCGAGACCGAGAACGGCUGACAGUGGUGGGAAUGCGGUGAGUGGUGGGGGAUGGGUGCAGCUGGGUUUGCCGAAACACGGAGUGGUAACGAUGGGUCUUCAGGAGCAGCUGUCGCCUUUUGAGGCCCCGUCGGCGCCGCCUCAGAAACCGCCCGUUUCUCCUGUUUCGGGCGGCAACUGGAAGGCAAUCUCGUCUUUUGCCACGUCGCCGCGCGCCAGCUCAUCGCAUGCCAUGUCAGGUGCCACGUCACCGCUGAUGUCACCGUCUGGCUCGUCGGCUCUUGCCACGCCUCCUCUGGGAUCCCCCACCCAUGCCAAGCCACCUUCGUUAAAGUCACCCACGUUGAAGUCACCGAGGAUGAAGAUACCGUUUAUGGAGUCUGGUAAGGCCAGUAAGCUGGGCAAGAGCAAAUCGGCAAAGGUCCACGAGCUCGCUCACGUGCCUGCCGCACCGCCAUCAUCGGCAGCAGCGUUGCACCGCUUCUCGGAGCGGCGAUACAUGGAUCCGCAGCAGGGCCUGUGCCUUGCGUCGCUCUUCGACAUCCGCGCCUUCAACGGUCUUGAUGCGUCACGUCUCUUCUGUGUGGUGGGCUUCUGUCGCUCUCCUGAGAUGCUCUCAGACGUCGUAGCAGACACGGUUCUCAUGGCUGGCGGGGAGGUGGUGGACUCGAAGCUGGAGAUGGGGCAGGGCCUGCACGAGCAUCUGCGACUCACAGUCGCCCUCCCCUAUCUAUUUGGCGUGCCGCCCGCCUUGGACGCACUCAACCGGGCGAUUCGAUUGGGCGGCGGGAUUGUGGAUAAGAGCUUCCACCAAUGGGAGAUGUGCCCCUAG